AGUCGCCACCGACCGGAGUACCGGAGAGCAACGCGGUCUAUUCCUCCUCCAAAACGACCAAGCCCGCUGGCGAGUCGUACGCACGGCGGCGACCUCUGAAGCUCACGCCCGCGCAUGACCGUUUAUGAUUUUAUGUGGAGCUCGCGAAACGACGAAAAAAAGAAGGGGCGAGUGCCCACGUAUUGAGUGACCGAUUUCGUUUUGACUCGAUUCGAUAUCAUCUCUCUGUUGACUUAGAGAAAUGAGCGAGGACGGUCGACUCGGUAACUUCGAGACGGCGUUGCGACGUCCACCUGUUCACGGAGCAGAAGGUCCGGUGGGCGUCCUGUCGCGGCAAGAAGUGUGGCCGUAGUGUGUGCAAGCGUGUGUUGUGUGUAUGUGACCUGUGUGUGACUUGUACUUGUGAGUGGCCAGCAGUGGAGUUGUUUGGCGUGUGCUACUUUGUGGCGCACCGCUUUCGCGAUGCGCUGGAUGGUCCGGCGUGAACAGCAGACGACCCCAGCCGGCGGACCGUUAUUUUGGGCCUGCGUCGUCUGCUGCGUCCUUGCGUUCCACGGUGUCGAUGUCGGCGCUGCGUCCGAUCCUCCCAAGGUGCAGCCCUUCCAGUUCCCGAGUCGACCGCAGCUGGGCAAGCGUCUGCGCAUCACGUGCUCCGUGACUCAGGGCGACUCGCCGCUCAGCUUCGCCUGGCUCAAGGACGACGUCGAGCUGACGGCGUCUUCUCCUUCUUCUUCGGCCGAUGGCAUCGACGAUCACCACCCGGUCUCUCUGGACGCCGGGCCCGAGAGCUCGGUGCUGGUGCUCAAGCGUCUGGGCGUCGACGACAUCGGCAACUACACGUGCGUCGUCUCCAACGCGGCGGGCACCGACAAGUUCCAGGCAUUCCUCAGGUUCCCAGUGCCACCCUUUUGGAAACGUGAACCAGAGCCCGUGGAGGCCUUGCAGGGCGAACGUGCUGUCCUAUCAUGCGAAGCUGGCGGAUACCCGGAGCCGCAGGUGACGUGGAAGAGGCGACACGCCGACGGUGCCGAGCGUGCGGUGGUGAAGAGCGACCGCGUGCGCGUCACCGAAAACGGAUCGCUCCAGCUGGAGCCCGUGCUGGUCUCGGACCGGGGCUGGUACGCGUGCCAGGCGCACAACGGGGUGCCCCCGGACGUACACCGCCAGGUGGCUCUCAAGGUGAGAGCACCGCCCACGGUCAACGUGAACGCGAAGGUCGUCACCGUUCGUCGAGGGGAGACGGCCACCCUGGUGUGCAACGUCACGGGCGACCAGCCAAUCACAGUCACCUGGACGAGGAACGGAAAAAGCGACCCCCUCGUCGAAAUGGCCGGGCGUGAGGUGUACCAGGUGCCGUCCGAGGAGUGGGUGGCCUCGACGCUGGUGCUCAAAGAGGUGGACGGCAUGGCGGCCGCAUCGUACACAUGCACGGCAGCCAACGAGCACGGAGCAGACCGGGCAGUGUUCGCCGUCAACGUACUCUUUCCGCCACCUACGCCUCACAGCUUGAAGACAACAGAAAUCGGCACGCGCUUCGCGCACAUCGAGUGGUCGCAUUCAAGCAGCAAUGUGACGCGCUACGUCGUUCGCCACUGGAAGCUCACAGGUGUGGACAAGGUUCUGUUCGAGCACACGGUGCCCGGCGCAUUCCACUCGGCGCUGCUGAUGAACCUGCGACCGGGUUCCCAGUACAAGGCGUUCGUGGUGGCCGAGAACACCGUGGGACAGAGUCCGCAGUCCAACGCAGUCAUCUUCAACACGGCCGAGGAAGCCCCGGAGGCUUCCCCCACUGACGUGGACUGCGAGCCCGUCAAUGCGUCAAGUAUCGAACUUUCAUGGAAGUCCCCACCGGAGGAGCAGUGGAACGGGGCGGCCAAGGGCUUCUACGUCGGCUUGAAGCAGGCCGACCACGGCACACCGUACGUGUACGAGAUGGUGCCCUUCGGCAGCGCCACCGACGACGUGCUGCGGCGCGUCUUCACCCGCAUGGCGCCCGCCACCGUGUACAGCUUCGUGGUCAGGGCAUUCAACUCGGCCGGCUCCGGGCCGGCCACCAGGGAGCUGAGGUGCACCACGCUAUCGGGAGAUCCGCCUCCGGCUCCAACCCUUUAUCUAGUCAAAACAGAGGAGUCCAUGGUAACUCUGAGCUGGAAGAUACCCAAAAUUCACAACGCCACCGUUCUCCAGUACGUGCUGGAGACGCGACGCGACUACACGGACGAGGUGGCGCUGCAGCACUUCCCGUCGACGACAGACGUCGCCACCGUCUCCAACCUGGAGAGCAGCGUCAAGUACAGCUUCAGGCUGGCCGCGUAUAACCGCUACGGCCGCGGCGCCUUCUCCAAUCCAAUCACCGAGUCUACCAGACUCAAGUUCACGAAUCGUCUCCUGUCGGGCAACCUCCAGCAACUCGAGAGUCCAUUCUACAUGCGUAGCUACUUCUUCAUCGUUAUCAUCGCCUGCGUCACUCUGGUCACCCUGUCGGCCGUCAUUUCAUGGGCAUGCGUCAAGAGGGCCAUCAUCGCGCAAGAGCGUCGCAACAAGGCAGCCACGGCGAGCCUCCGCUGCCGACCGUCCCUGUCCGGGGCAUACAGCCCUCGCUGGGUGCACGACCCAAGGGUGUUCGACGAAAACUACGACAUGCCCUGGGACACCGCCAACCCGCAGCGCGCUGCUUCGCCCCACGCCUACACGAACGUGUAUGACCCGAGUUCACGGUCCUGACGUCCGUCGUGACGUCACGGAGCACACCGCCAAAGAUUGAAGGAGGGAGCGAGCGCCCUAACGUGCCUUGCGAGGUCGUCGUCGCACAGGAGGCGUCGUCGUCGAUCGUCACUUGUACAGAGAGUUGUGAAUGAUCUCAAGAUAAAUAAAC